AUGGGGUGGCUGCGUUGGCCAGCACUGCCAGCCAUGGAGAGAACCACGGUGCUGAUCACGGGCUGCUCCUCGGGCAUUGGCCUGGCACUGGCUGCACGCCUGGCAGCCGAUGCCGCUCGCCGCUUCAAAGGUAAAGGGUCAACCCUGUCCUGGGGGUGUCCGGCCGUCCCAAGUGGUCUCCGGGCUGGGCCAGGCAGUACCACACCAAGGACAGACAGAGCCGGGGGUGGUCUGGGGUUGGUGCUGACUGCACAGCUCAGUGCUGCCCACGGCUGUGCUCUGCCCCCAGUUUAUGCCACCAUGCGUGACCUGGCCAAGGGUGAGCGGCUGCUGGAGCGCCUGGGCGGCUGCUGCCCCGACACGCUGGAGAUCUUGCAGCUUGAUGUCACUGACCCGUGCUCGCUGGCAGCUGCUGCACAGCGGCUGCAGGGACAGCGGCUGGAUGUGCUGGUCUGCAAYGCCGGGGUGGGACUGAUGGGACCGCUGGAGACCUGCUCCGACCAAGCCAUGAAAACUCUGUUCGACGUGAACCUUUUCGGGGCUGUCCGCACCAUCCAGGCGUUCCUGCCCGCCAUGAAGAGCCGCAGGGCYGGGCGGAUCAUCGUCUCCAGCAGCAUUGGGGGGCUGCAAGGGCUGCCCUUCAAUGCUGUGUACUGCGCCAGCAAAUUUGCAGUGGAGGGGCUGUGCGAGAGUCUGGCCAUCGUCCUGCGCCCCUUCAACAUCCACCUGACCCUGGUGGAGUGUGGCCCCGUCCACACCAGCUUCCUGGCCAACCUGCAGCGCCCCGACCCUGAGGGCAGCGAGAUGCGGAGCCUGGACGCAGACACACGGGAGCUGUACCGCCGGUACCUGUGGCACUGUCAGAGCAUCUUCCGCGACGCGGCGCAGGAGGUGGAGGAGGUGCUGCCGGUGUUCCUGGAGGCCAUCGGCAGCCCCAGCCCGCCCCUCCGCUGCGCCAGCACCCACCUCCUCGCCCCRCUCUGGCGCCUGCGGUUGAGCAACCCCGACGGCUCCGCGUAUGUGCGCGCCAUGCACGAUUUCGUCUUCGGCGGCGGCGAAGCCAGCGGGGACCAGCCCUGAGUGGAGCCACCGGAACACCGGUACCCUGAGCGGAGCCACGGGAACACCGGUACCCUGAGCGGAGCCACCGGAACACCGGUACCCUGAGCGGAGCCACCGGAACACCGGUACCCUGAGCGGAGCCACCGGAACACCGGUAGCCGCCGCCAUGCGAACCCCCAGCCCGGGCCUCAUCGCGUGCUCGGUCCCGACGCGUCCCCAAUAAAGCCCUUUGCAGCCGCACGAUUCCGUCUGGGUCCGUCUCACGCCGCGGGCCGGGCGGAGCUGCARUGCGGCCGGAUCUGC